AUGCAGAGCAUUGUGGACUACAACAAGGCCAUCCACAAGUGCAAAGACCAGCGGCUCUGGAAGGAUGCCUUGCAACUUCUUGAUGAUCUCGGUUUGGAAGGCUUUGAGCCAACUGUCUUCACCUUCGGUGCGACUUUGGGUGUCCUUGAGAAAACAUCCAGAUGGAAAGAGGCUGUGGCCGUUCUUAGCAGCGCGCUUGUGCAAGAUGUUCAAGUCAAUUUGAUACUUUACAAUGCUGCUCUCAGUGCUUGUGCCAAAGGACGACAAUGGCAAUGUGCGCUAAGCUUCAUGAAAGAGCUGAGGCAGGACGUGAGGCUACAGCCUGACAUUGUAACCUACAGUUCUGGCAUCAGUGCUUGUGAGAAAGCUGCUCGUUGGACAGAAGCCCUAAGCCUGCUCGAGAUGGCCUCGGAUCAAGCGGUGCAGGCCGAUGUUAUUGCCUUCAAUGCCGCGAUCAGUGCAUUGGAGAAAGCCAGCAGGUGGGAGGCAGUCUUCUCCGUAUUCAAUACUAUGAGCAUGAUCGAGAUUCAGCCUGACCUCAUCUCCAUGAAUGCUGCAAUCAGCGCGUGCGAGAAAGCCAACGAAUGGCAGAGCGCGUUGAAUCUCUACAGUGCAAUGCAGAUGCAGCGUGAAUCGGGCGACAUCAUCACUUUUGGGGCGACCAUCAGUGCGUGUGAAAAAGCCAGCUGCUGGCAAGAAGCCUUGGCGCUCCUAGCCAUCCUGAAGCAAAGGCAGCCACAUCAGAAGAGCAGGGCCUUGUUGGGCUCUGGUGUGGUGCCCUACAGCGCAGCUGUGAGUGCUUGCGGUUGGGCUUCCAAAUGGCAAGAAGCGAUGUCGUUGCUGGAGGAGUUGAUGUGUCUUUGGAAGCCUGACGUCAUUGCAUUCUGCGCUGCGAUCAGUGCCUGUGAACGCGCUGCGCAAUGGACGAAAGUUCUCGAGCUGCUGAAAGACAUGCGCCUCAGGCAUUUGGAAGCUGACCUGAUGACCUACAACGCUGCGAUCAGCGUUUUGGACAAAGCUGGGAAAUGGGAGGAAGCACUUUCCUUGUUGGCACUGGCGUUGCGCAAGAAGAUGCCGGCCGAUGUUUUUACUUAUGCUUCGGCGAUGAGUGCCUGCAAGAGUGCUGGUGAAUGGGUCCAAAGCUUGAUGCUGCUUGAAGCUUUGGUUGAAGCAUCCUUGCAAGCAAACACCGUUGUGUUUGGGUCAGCUUUGGGCGCCUGCGCGAGAGCAAGCCAAUGGCAAGGUGCUUUUGCACUGCUAGGCCAAGCGCACGUGACGAGCUUGCACCUCAGCUCUCUCGCACACGGCGCGGCUCUCAACGCAUGUGAAGAGGCUAGCGCAUGGGAGCAGACCCUGAGCCUUCUGGAAGGAGUGCAGUGCUGCCAUUGGGGCUUGUGGCAGGGUUGCCAAGUGGCAAGAGGUCAUUUGCCUUCUCAAGAGCAUGCGUGGGAUGCGAUUGGAAUCUACUCCGGCUUCUUGUCGAGCAUAGGUUUGGUGGGAAAAGCAAGACAUGAUUAUUCGGAAUUGAUGAUUGAGAUCCGAUAG